CGCUCUCUUGCAAACUACAAAACAAACGACUUUAUACGAUGUCUGCUCCUUUCAACUCUAUCGACCAGAACCUCGCUGCUGGGGCUGCUUCCGGCAUGAGCCAUCUUGAUCUUCAGAGGCAGUUGUUGGCGAAGAAGUUGCAGCAAAAUGCUGGUUCCUCCUUCGCUUCCCCCACUGACAACCUUAUGUCUCCUUGUACCGCCAAACUUCAGGCCCACAAGAAGAAGCACUUUGCCAAGGGCAAGCCCGUCUCCCUCGCCGGCGCCUUCGCCAAGGCCGGGUUGAACGAGAACCAGCCUCCCUCGCAGUAAACCAUUCUCCUUCAUACCAUGAUGAGGUGGUUUACAUACGGCGAGCUCUAGGGUGACUUUCGGUUAACGGUGUUUUUUGACAUAUUUUGGUUUGCU